AUGAAUAAUAAUACUAAACACCUAAACAUCAAAGUAGGAUCUCUUAACUGUAGAAACCUACAUUUGAACACCAACCAACACACUACUGACACCUUUAUUGGCCUGCUGAAAGACAAGAAAUUAAAUAUACUACUGUGCCAAGAAACCAACAUCCCUUCUCACUCUUUUGAAGAAGUAACAGACAACAUGAAGAUCAAAUUCAACUACCACCAAGCAAUAUGGACCCAACAUUGUGCCAUAAUCAAUUUCAACAACUCACUUAACCUGGAAAAAAUCAAAGAAUCUAACGAUGGUAGAAUGAUCCUGGCAAAACUCUCCAUAGCCGACAACUCCAUUCCACCAGUAUACAUUUUGAAUCUGUACGCUCGCUCAGGUAUAUUUGCUGAAGAAACCUCACAACGCAAUCAAUUCUACAAGAGAACAGUAGAGAUGUUGCUAACAAUGCCUGAAAUUAUCCCUGACCUGAUAAUGGCGGGCGACUUUAACUAUAGCUUUGACAGCUCAUCAAACCACGCUACUAGGCGCAUAGCAAAACCGAAACAUCUCAUCAACUUUGUAAAGGGGUAUAUGAAUGACUGUAUUAACACAAAAGGUGAAAAGUAUACCUAUACCUGUAUUCAAAAGCGGCGAGAACGAGUUACCCUAUCCACAAUCGACUACAUCUUUGCUGGCACCAACACUCACAAAAAGAUGCACGACGGGGACGUGGAAUUCUUCAGCGAUGUAUACACCGACCACGCUCUAAUUACGAUUACACUGACAGUGGAAAUGAGCAACAAUGGAAAAGGCAUAUGGAGAGCAAACCCACAUCUGGCUAAAAACAAGAGAUUCACCAAGAAGCUAUCAAAGGAAAUCAACAACUAUGUACAACACAAGCUGGACCCGGAUCUUUCUGCACAAGUCAAAUGGGAUUUAAUCAAGAACAUGGCCAAGAAAGUUACAACAAAUUUCUGCCGCCAUCACAACCAAUGGAGAGAGACUAAAUUGAAACAACUGAACAGUGAAAGGAACAGAAUACUUCGACUCUAUGGAAAAGAGCCCCUAACAUUGAAGGCACUACUACCACCUAUACACCAGGAGAUCAGCAAAAUCCAAGAAGAAAAGUACAACAUUAGCAAAUUGAGAGCAGGCAAGCGCUGGAUGGAGCAGAAUGAAAACUCGCCAGCAUACAUCAAGAAGACCAUUGACAGGCGACUAGAAACGAAGACAAUGCCCAUGCUGAAGCACCCAACUACUGUAACAGAGUGCACUGACACCAAGUCGAAACUGGAUGCCGUCCAUACCUUCUAUUCCAAAUUGUAUAGCCCUGAACGGAUCGAUAUAAAUAGCAUGGAAGGCAUACUGAACCACAUUACUGUAUUUAUUUCCCAGGAGGAAAGCGAUCAGAUCAUUGAUGACAUUCCGUUUGCAGAGAUAUUUGAGGGAUCCCGUAGGAGCCCCAAGUCUAGUAGUCCAGGUUUGGAUGGACUUCCAUACGAGAUCUUACAUGUCAUAGCAAGUCAACCGAUAUGCCAAAGAAUUAUCACCCAAGUAUAUAACGACGCAAUCAAGCUCGGUAUAUUCCCAAAGUCGUGGCAACAGGCUUGCGUAGUAUUACUGCCCAAGAAAGGCGACUUAUCUGAUCUCAGCAAUUGGCGACCUAUUACACUGAUCAAUACAGAUUGUAAAGUCUUCACGCGGAUCAUGAACUCACGAAUCACGACAGUGGCAAGCAGACUCAUAAACAAAGUACAGACUGGGUUCAUGCAAGAUAGAUACAUUGGUGACCAAGGAAUGGCCCUACGAGUGAUGAUGGACAAUGCCAAGACAGCAAAGGGAAAUAACAAGGACGAAUUUGAAGAAUAUGUGGGAGUCAUGUUGGAUAACAACAAAGCCUACGACCGAGUGCACCCACACUACCUGGCUCAGGUACUCCAGAAGUUUGGAUUCCCAAUGGAGUUCAUUAGAUGUAUAGAAAACCUGUUUUUUGGCAACGAGAUUUUCAUCAACAUGAACGGAUUUCUAACCAAACCAGUCAAACAGAAGAGAGGAUUGCGACAAGGAGACUCUAUUUCACCAAUCUUGUUCAACUUUGCAAUAGAGCCCUUCAUACUGUCAAUCAUCAACAGUCAAGACAUAUCUGGAUACUCAAUACAACCAACCAAGCCAGCACCACAGAGGACAAUUCAGCUCAACACCCCACCACCUACAAAGAUCAUGGCCUAUGCGGACGAUAUUCUCAUCUUUGUCAAAUCAAGAACGGAAUACAUGGCAAUGGAGGAAUGCAUCAAGACGUAUGGUAAGGCAUCAAACUCAAAGAUCAACUAUGACAAGUCAUUGGCGUUUCCCCUACAUGGUGGCAGAAUGGAAGGGUAUUUCGGUACAAGACUGAAAACUUACACUCAACAGCGAAUGAAAUGGUUCGACUACAGUAGCCCAGAGUACAUCAAAUACCUAGGGUAUCCAAUAUACUAUACAAUACAACAACGGGAUUGUUUCAUUGCAGACUUAACCGCCAAGAUCAAAGCGCAAGUAGAAUUCCUCAAGCCCAGGAAAAUAUCAAUGUACGGUAAAGCUAAUGUCGCUAACACAAUUAUCCUGUCCAAACUGUGGCAUGUCCUCAGGCUGACACCUCUACCGAAAGCAACCAUCAACAAGCUCAACUCCAUCAUAUAUCAAUACAUAGUGGAUGAGAAGAGACUGCAAAUCAAAAAAGAUGUGUACUACCUACCCAAGGACCAAGGAGGACUAGGUUUGCUACAUGUAGGCGCCCAACAACAAACCCUGCAAAUGAGGUAUAUCACAGCACUACUAUACCACGACCAGCACAAAACAAUCCCGCAGUACCUAUACCAAUUGAUGUCACAUACGCUACAAAUGGAGACGAACCUGCCUUACAUUGAUACCAUACUGAUAUUUAAAGAAGCAAGAAGCUACAAGAACAACCUAAAAGAUGGGGCCAUGAAACUGAUUAUUGAAACAAUGAAUAGUCUUCUUGAAAACUGCCGACCAGACUUUACCAAUACACCCAUCAAUAUCAACACUUGUUUAACUUUACCACUGACCACUAUAUACAAGGACUGGGAAGACUUGGAAACUACUGACUACCUCAGGAACCCUACAGCCAAGAGAAGCCUAGUGCAGGAUUUUUUCAAGCCAAAUCUUAAUUACACAGCUCUCGAAUACAAGACAAGACAAGAAUGCAAAUCACCGCAGAUACUGUACAAGCUCAAAAGAGACCACAACAACAACCAGUUACACCUUCAAGAUUUCUUCAGCAACCUGCUUCAUCCAAACAACUCAACUCCCAACAACCAGGAAGAGGCAACAAGUCUAAUCCAACAUUUUGAGCACGAUAGCAACAUCAUUUGGCUCUGCAAGAACAAAAUAAUCAGACAACUGCUCCUCAAACAACUGCCUAUACAACUGCCAAAAGAUCACAACAAAAACAUCAACCCCAAGCAAUGGAAAGCAUUCUACAGAUCACAUAUGCACCAGUCACCUCGAAAUUUAUGGCUCAAGAUCAUAUACAACAAAGUCCCCUGCAGAAGUUUCCUAUACCAAAGUCAAAUCAAAGAUAUAGAAAACAACAGAUGCAUACAAUGUAACGAAGUAGAAGAUGCCAGACACCUUCUCAUGGAAUGCGGAAACAAACACGACGUCUGGGAGUCCGUCUUUAAAGAACACCUAAGCUACCCAACCACAAUCAACACUCACCGCAUAUACAAAGACAUGCAGAACCUGACAUUAUCAAGAUACUACAUUUACAACCUGGACCUCAAGAUCAACAUCUUCGACCUUUUUGCCACCAUAAUCCGAAUAAUCUGGACCCACCAUUUCUUCGUACACUACCGUGGUACCCCUUUUGAGCCCCAAACAGUUGUUAGCAAUAUCAACAGAGAACUGGAUAAGCUGUCCAAAAUGGAUAGUAUUGAUUUAUAA